AUGGGGCUCACCACGCCACUCAAUGGCCAAUCUAUAGGGCACAACGCUGAACACCUGCCCCUCCCUUUGACGGCCCUCCCAUCUCUACCCCUGUUUCUGGAGGCAACCGCCCAUGCGCAGAACACUCCAGACAAGAUCGCCGUCGUGGAUGCCACCAAGGGGCAGCAGUUCACAUUCGGGCAACUUUUGGCCGAUGCGGCCACUUUGAAGAAGGUCAUUUUGGAGAAGCUGGAUCUCACCGAAACGGCCAACUUGGAAGAGCGACGCAUCACGUUCUUGACGCCGAAUGGAUACGACUACGUGGUUACGCAAUGGGCCGUCUGGGCUGCCGGGGGCGUCACGGUCCCGCUUUGCAACACACACCCGGUCAAGGAGCUGCUCUACACAAUUGGCGAUUCUGACCCAUCAUUGAUCAUCCUGCACCCCGCAUUUGAGAAGUUCGAGGCGCCGCUGCGGGAGGGGAUUACCAAAGAGAUCCCAUUCAUGACCCUAACACCAUUCCAGCAGAGAGAUGGACCCGUGUCGCUGCCCGAAAUCAGCCCGGUGUCGUUCCUGGAACGUCGGGCGCUCAUGAUCUACACGUCGGGAACGACCUCCACCCCCAAGGGCUGUGUCACCACGCACAAGAACAUCACCUUCCAGGCCAAGAGUCUCAUUGAGGCGUGGCAGUACAGCUCCUCGGACCGACUCAUCCACGUUCUUCCGCUCCACCACAUUCAUGGCAUCAUCAACGGUCUGACGGCCAGCUUGCUCAGCGGCGUCACGGUUGAGAUGCACCCCAAGUUCGACCCCAAGACGAUUUGGGGGCGCUGGGAAGAAGGAGGCUCCACCAUGUUCUUCGCGGUGCCGACCAUCUAUUCCCGCCUCGUCGAUUACUUCGAAGCAAACAUUCGGGGCACCGAACAUGAGCAGGCUGCGCGAGCCGGAGCCAAGGCGCUGCGGCUGAUGGUCAGCGGAUCCGCGGCCCUCCCCACGCCUAUCAAGAGCAAGUUUGCCGCGAUCACGGGUCAGGUCCUUCUUGAGCGGUUCGGCAUGACGGAAAUUGGCAUGGGAAUCAGCUGCGGACUGGACGUGGACAAGCGCAUCGACGGCAGUGUGGGCUGGGCGCUCCCGGGCGUGCAGGUGCGACUCACGGACAAGGAGACCGGACGGGUUAUCGAUACCGUGGAUGAGGACGGCAUGAUUGAGAUCAAGGGAGGCAACGUCUUCCUCGAAUACUGGCGCCGGCCGGAGGCGACGAGCAAGGAGUUCACCUCGGACGGAUGGUUCAAGACGGGCGAUGUGGCCCGGCGGGAUAGCAACGGCGCGUACUACAUCCAGGGCCGUGCGUCGGUGGACCUGAUCAAAUCGGGUGGAUACAAGAUCUCAGCGCUGGAGGUGGAGCGCAAGAUGCUUGCCAUGGAUGCCAUCCAAGAGGUGGCGGUGGUGGGACUCGCGGACGAGGAAUGGGGGCAGCGGGUGGCCGCAGUGGUCAAGCAGCGGGCCGGGACCGAGCCGUUGGAGCUGGCGAGUCUGCGCACGGAGCUCAAGCAGGAGAUGGCGCCGUACAAGAUCCCGACGGUGCUGAAGCUGGUGGAUGCCAUUGAGCGCAACGCGAUGGGCAAGGUGAACAAGAAGACGCUUGUGAAGAAGUACUGGCCGGAGCUGGCCUAG